AUGGUAACAUUCAGUGAUGUGACUGACAUCCACAAGAUGCAGCCUCCAACCUGUAUUCCCACUCCAAUGUCUCCAGGCUUGCGGCGCAAGCAGCUGCUGUGGCAGAACGCUGUCAAACACAUCAUCAGCCAGCGAGAGCUGAGGGAGCAAGUUGGUGUGGAGCCAGCCCGGAAGAUUUACGCCACUGAUGACUAUAUCGAGGAAAUCAACCAACAGAUACGCAGUAAAGCAUCACGGGGCAUGACCAAACGGCGUUCCUCAGCAGCAAGAGUACAUCCAUCCUUUUUUGGAGAACGUAGCAGCUCCUCGUCUUCACAGACCGGAACAGCUACACACUAUAUUAGUGAUGCCGACUUUUUUGCUCACUGGGGCCACACCAUCCAUGGGGUGUAUGUGCCAACAUUGAGACACACCUUUAAAUCACGAGACCUUGAGAAACUCUACCAGCGGCAUUCUUCACACACUAGAAGAACCUCUUUAGUUGUCACUAACAUCAUAGAUGCAGCUGCCAAACUGCACCUACUUUUUCUCUACCUGGCCUUGGCUCCAGAGGGUUCAGACACACUGCUGGGCUGUUUCACAGGGUUCUUCAUGGCCUGUGCUGUUGCCCUGUGUGUUUUGGUACUCACCUGUAAACGUUCACAUUCACCAAAAUGGUUGCAUUAUGCUGGCAUGGCUAGCUGGCUGUCACAGACUGCUCAGGUAUUGGGUGGACUGGCAUAUGGGUUGGAGAGAGACCAAUCCUGGUAUGUUCUGUUUACUUUAUUUGCCACAUACACUCUGCUGCCACUGCCACUGCUCUGGGCCAUUGGAGCUGGCACACUUACCUCCACACUGCACCUAAUUGCAGAGACUAUAUGCCACUUCGGUGAAGUGGGACUACUGAGAAAGAUUCUUUCCAAGGCUUUAUUGUACAUAAGCAUGAAUGUGGCGGGUCUGUUUGUCCAUUACCUGACAGACCGAUCCCAGAGACAAGCCUUUUUGGAGACACGCCGCUGCAUCGAAGGCCGCAUGAAACUGGAAACAGAAAACCAGAGACAGGAGCGUUUAGUUCUGUCUAUCCUUCCUCGCUUUGUUGCCUUGGAGAUGAUUGCUGAUAUGACUUCUAUGGAUGAUGAGCUUGUUCCACAGCAAUUUCACAAAAUAUACAUCCAUCAGUACAAAGACGUCAGUAUCCUCUUUGCUGACAUAAAGGGCUUCACACUGUUAUCCAUGAACAUGUCCGCUCAGGAGUUAGUGCGCUUGCUCAAUGAGCUUUUUGGACGUUUUGACCGGCUAGCUGAGGAGCAUCACUGCAUGAGAAUAAAGAUCUUGGGGGACUGUUACUACUGUGUGUCUGGAGUGCCAGAGCCCCAGAGGGCACAUGCCCGCUACUGUGUGGAAAUGGGACUAGCCAUGAUCAGCACCAUACGAUCUGUAAGAAAGCAACUACACUUAGAUAUGGACAUGCGGAUUGGGAUCCACUCUGGCACUGUUUUGUGUGGUGUUCUGGGCCUACAGAAAUGGCAGUUUGACGUUUGGUCCUGGGAUGUCGGCAUUGCCAACAUGCUUGAAGCAGGGGGUAUUCCUGGACGCAUCCAUAUUUCACGCGCUACCCUAGACUUCCUAGAGGGGAACUACAAAACAGAAGAUGGGCGUGGAUAUGAACGCAAUGAGUUUCUACGAAAACACAACAUUGACACUUUCCUUAUCUGCCACAAGGAAGAGGACCUAGAUGAUGUGGAAACGGAACCUCGGAAAACCCAGCAAAACAGCCACCCUUGGAACAUGGAGAUCUUGGCCUCCUUCACCAAUGGCUCUUACACACAGCUUCCUAAUUCAUUAGCACACAGAUCCAAGGAGAUAAACAAACGCAUCGACCAUGCCAUCGAUCUACGCAGUAGCGAGCGAAUGCGUCAGGAACACAUCACUCCAGUCACACUGGUCUUUAAGGACAUGAACAUUGAAGAGAAGUUCUCACAGAUGAGGGAUGAGAUGUUUAAGACCAAUUUGGUCUGCUCCUUCAUCAUGCUCCUCCUGCUUAUGGCAGUCCAGGCCCUCAUCCCUGCGCCCAGGUUAUAUUAUUGGACAGCAGUCCAAUUCAGUCUAUUCUUCCUGGGCUAUCUGUUACUCCUGGUGAUGGUCCUAGCUGAGGAGUUCAAAUGUUCUCCCAUUGUUCUUCAGCAGUUCUGCUGCUGGAUUCAUGAGAACAACACUAUGCGCAACUUGCUCACCAUCACAGCCAUUGCCAUCAACUUUGGAAUGGUCCCCUGUGACAUGAUAUGGUGUAACACUGAGACAGGAGAAACAAGCACCAAUGAAACAGAGGAAGGGACCAGCCAGAAGCCACUGACUCUCUGCUCCUAUCCAGAGUUCUUGGUACUAAAUGGGGUGGUUUCGAUGGUGACCUGUGCUGUUUUCUUGAGGCUGAGCUCACUGUUGAAGUUGACUAUUCUAUUGCUGGUGGUGAUGAUCUAUGCAUACUUUAUCGAAGUGUCCUUUCACAUUCUGUACAUAAACCAAUCAGGGCAGGAACAGUUAAGUAGGUCUCACUUCCUCAGAAGAAAGGGAGUCUCAAUUUUGUUGAUGGCAAUGUUUGUCAUUGCUGUGUUCUACAAUGGUCGAAGGUGGGAGGCAACAACCAGGCUGGACUUCCUGUGGCGUCUGCAGGCUCAGCAGGAAGUUCAAGAGAUGAGAGACUUGAGAGAACACAAUGAGUGUCUGCUGCAUAACAUCUUGCCUACACAUGUCGCUCAUCACUUCCUAGAGAGGAACAGAAAUAAUGAGGAGCUGUAUUCGCAGUCCUAUGAUGAGGUGGGGGUGAUGUUUGCCUCCAUCGCAGGCUUUAAUGACUACUAUGAACAGAAAGCGAUCAAACAUGAGGGGGUUGAGUGUCUCAAACUGCUCAACGAGAUAAUUUCAGACUUUGAUGAGCUGUUGGAGGAGUCAUAUUUUUUGGACAUUGAGAAAAUCAAAACCAUUGGCAGUUGUUACAUGGCAGCGUCUGGCCUAUCUCCUGAUAAACAGUCUCAUGUUGUAAAUGACUGGCAUCAUCUCAGUGAGCUGGUUCUGUUUGCUCUGGCUAUGCAGGAGACCCUGAGAGAAACCAACAAACAUUCCUCUAACAAUUUCCAGCUCCGCGUUGGAAUUGCCCACGGUCCUGUUGUUGCCGGGGUUAUAGGCGCAACCAAACCCCAAUAUGAUAUCUGGGGCAUGACAGUGAACUUGGCAAGUCGGAUGGACAGCACUGGGGUCAAUGGAAGGAUUCAGGUUCCUGAGCCCACGCGCAAUAUUCUGGCAGAUUGGGGCUUUGUGCUAGAGUUGCGAGGAGAGAUAUUCAUAAAGGGUGUCAGUGAGAGGAAAGGGCGUGUCCGAACGUACUUCAUCAGCACCAAAAGGCGUCAGAUGGCAAUCAAUGGGAUUUCCAACAGAGAAAAAAAUGGGCGCAAUGGGAGGACUACUCUGGCUGCUGUGGUCUUCAGCCUUGUGCAAGCCAUUCACAGAGAGAAACAGAGAGGCACCAAUGGAGGUUUACCAUUGCCAAACAGCAAUUUUAGCAGUUUAAGAUUAUGAUGUAAAGCAUCAAGCCAGAGUUCAUCAUGACCUGAUGGGCAUUCAGUUGAGACAACAACACUGCCUUUUUCAAAAUGAUACCUCAAGGUUAAUUACUUUUAUAGACCAAAUGAUGUCUCAUUGUAACCUCAUAUGGACUUGUUUAUAGAGUACAAACUGAAUCCCCAUAUGGACUUGUCUAUAGAAUUAUCAAAAAUUAUCUUUUUUGUAUUAUCUAUUUAUGUGUUUAACUUGAGACUUGUCUCUUAUAAUAAAACUAAAUCUAACUUGCCACAUGUUCAGUAAGGUUACUGCCGAUUAAAUGCGAUUUGACACCUUGAGGGCACAUAGUUUACUGAAGUACAGCCAAUGUAAAUGUCCAUAUUAUUUUAAAAAUGCAUGUAAUUUUCACUUGUGCAGAACUGCACCUAAUCCAUGCUGAGACAGGAUAAAAAUACCUCAUGUACUGUUUAAACAAAUAGUAUAUUUGACUUUUUACAGCAUGGCCUGUGAUCAAUAACUAAAAUCCUUUUGUACAUUUUAAGAUUAUUAAUAUAGAUUAAGAGAUUUUUUUUUGUUUUUUUUAUUGUAAAAACACAUUUAUUUACAGUUGAAGU